AAGCUGUACAAACAUUAGAGCAAUCGGAAAUUACAUGAGGAAAAAAACAAACAAAAAAGUUCUAGGGCUUACUAACUUUUGCAUCCGUUCGCAUCUGUGAUGCAGCAGUAAAACCAAGCGCUUCUCCCUGACAGGCGCAAAUAUGGGACCAAUCGAAUACGUCGCGGUGGCUCGAGGCACGGUGGUACUGGUCAGUCACCAGGAGACGGGAGCCCACUUCGACUACCUCGUGGAAGACGUUUUGCGGGACAUCCCGACCGGCGCCGAGUUCAAGACGACGCGUCCCCGGGGUGGGUUCACCUUCCACCUGUUGGUCGGAGGGGACCUAGUCUUUGUCUGCGCGACGUCCCCAGACGCCAGCUUGCACGUUGCCUUUCAGUGCCUCGGCCAGGUGAAGGAGCGUUUCUUCUUAGGCAGCCUGCCAGUAAGAGCCCAGGUGGCAGAACAGCAUGAACUGGAUCGAGACUUUGGAAGCGUAGCUGCAGAAAUUAUGAGCCGUUGCAACGAGGGCCAGACGGGCGACCAGAUCUCGGUUCUGAACCGUCAGGUGGAGGACGUGAAGGGCAUCAUGGCCCAGAACAUUGAGAAGGUGGUGGGGAGGGGAGACCGCCUGGACAGCCUGCUCGAGAAGACACAGGACCUGGAGCAGUCGGGCACAGCAUUCAGAGCAACUGCAAAGAAAGUUAAUCGUCACAUGUGUCUGCGUAACGCUCGUAUGACGAUCAUCAUCGGGGUGAUCGUUGUGGGUGUUAUCACCCUCAUCGUGCUCUUUGCCACAGGCGUGAUCAAGACAUGACCGUUGUUGCUCUUGUGGCUACCAAGUGCAAAUUUGGUGCUUGUCAGCCAGCAACUUCACCAAUCGAUUGCUCUGCAACAGAGUCGCUGGCUGGUGGUGGCAUGCGUUCUAUGAUCUUAGCUCUCUAGAACACCAGAGUUUUUCUCAAGCAAUUUGAUACUUUGUAAUAUAUUCUAUGAGAGCUGUCCACUGCUCCCAUAGGAGCAAAUAAAUGUUGAGUGUUUAUAGGAUCUGUAUCAGGGAACAAUAAAGAAUUAUUUGUACGA